AUGCCUCCUGACGGAAAUUUCGGCGUUUUCGCAAUCUCCAAGACGGGCGAGAGCCAAAUACUUGCAGCUCCACGAGUGGAUGAUCUUGGUCGAGAACCACGGCAACGGAAACGACACGCAAAGUCUCGCGCUGGAUGCUUGUCAUGCAAAUCUUCUAGAGUCAAGUGUGAUGAGAUUCGACCUGCCUGCGCGAGAUGCGCUGCUAGGAAUAUACCUUGCCAAUAUGAGUUCAGCAUCAUGUCUAUGUUGCCAAAAUUCUCAAGACAACAACUCCAUCAUCAGAGAUUCGGGGCGGGCUCCGUUCCCAAGUCACUCGGGCUCGGUCUCGAUCUGCCCAGUCUACGGCUUAUGCAUCACUUUGAUCACUACACAUCGCCAACCUUAGCCUUCGGUAGUUUAAAUGAAGUUGUCAUGCACGCCGUCCUGAUGAUCUCGGCAGCUCACCAGCGAAGUCUUUCGCCCCACAACGCUGAACAUAACAAGUCAAUGUCAUACCAUCUGGAUCUUACCCUCUCUGGGUUCAGAGAACUUUUAUCGCAAGGCACGGAUGGUUUCAAUCAUGACAUUAUUAUCGCUUGUGCUAUGCUUCUCGUGCACUAUGCUUGGUCCAUGCCGUUCUUUGCAUAUGAAGAUGACAAGAUCGACAUGACCAGUGAGCCCGAUAGACUGCUCAAGUUUGCAGCUGGUCUCAAAACGGUCAUGAAGACCAUGAAGGAAGACAAGAGGUACACAAACGGCAUCUUCAAGGCCCCCAUGUCCUAUAACAGCAUCGACCAGUUUCGACAAUUUGAAGAAUCGCUGGCAGAGACCUUUGUCUUUGACUAUAUCUUUUUCAGUGCGCGAACUAUGCCUUUGACCAACUAUGAUGGAUGCUGUAUAGAAGGUCAAGACUUCAACGCCUGCGAUCGACUGACGCCGCUUCUCAGAACCAUGGAUGCCGUAUCCAAGGGCCGAGUCAUUCACCAUUUGAUACCGCAGAUACAGGUGUAUACUCUCUUCUGGCCUGCCAAAGCAUCCAAAGAUUUUGAAGAAGACGUGGCGGAUAACAAGACUGAGGCUCUUGUCAUCAUGCUCUGCUUUUAUGCCACUGCUUGGCGGCUUCUGUCAGAGGAUGUUUGGUGGGCUAAAUCUCGCACAAAGGUCAUGUGUGAGUCUAUCUAUCAAUAUUUGGAUAAUAAUAAAGAUCCAAUAUGGGAGGGAGAUAUUGAGAAUGUUCGCCGCUAUUUUGGAUUCGCACAGAAUAGCGCUGGCAAGUGGGUAAUCGGAAGUCCGGGAUCUCGUUUUGCUGAGAUAUGAAUGAAUGGGGAACUUGGUUGUCAAAUAGCUUUAAACGG